AUGGCGACAAGUAAUGAUUCAUGUUUGAAGGUACCUGAUAUCGAUGAUAACACCACCAUUGGCGGCGGUGUUCAGGAUGUUUAUGGUGAGGAUAGGGCCACCGAGGAUCAGAGUGUUACUCCUUGGAAUAUUUCUGUUGCUAGUGGAUAUGCUUUGUUGAGAGAUCCACAUUUCAACAAAGGACUAGCCUUCACUGAGAAAGAGAGGGAUGCACACUACUUGCGUGGUCUUCUUCCCCCAACAGUUAUUUGUCAAGAAACUCAGGUGAAGAAAAUGAUCAAAAACAUAAGACAGUACGAAGUUCCGUUACAGAAGUACAUAGCGAUGAUGGAUCUUCAGGAGAGAAACGAAAGGCUAUUUUACAGGCUUCUUAUUGAUCACGUUGAGGAGUUACUCCCGAUUGUUUAUACUCCAACCGUUGGUGAAGCUUGCCAAAAAUAUGGAUCCAUCUUCAUGCGUCCUCAAGGUCUUUAUAUAAGUUUGAAAGAGAAAGGAAGGAUUCUUGAAGUACUUAGGAAUUGGCCUGAGAAGAACGUUCAAGUCAUUGUUGUAACUGACGGGGAGCGGAUCUUAGGUCUUGGGGAUCUUGGCUGUCACGGGAUGGGAAUACCAGUAGGAAAACUUUCUUUAUACACUGCACUUGGUGGAGUCCGCCCUUCAUCCUGCUUGCCUAUUACCAUUGAUGUGGGGACAAACAAUGAGAAGUUGCUGGGUGAAGAGUUAUACAUAGGGCUCAAGCAUAGACGGGCAACUGGGCAGGAAUAUGCUGAACUUAUUGAUGAAUUCAUGACGGCAGCCAAGCAAAACUAUGGAGAAAAACUCCUCAUCCAGUUUGAAGAUUUUGCAAACCACAAUGCUUUUGAUCUGCUUGAAAGAUAUAGGUCAACACAUCUUGUUUUUAACGAUGAUAUUCAGGGAACUGCAUCAGUGGUCCUUGCAGGAGUUGUUUCGGCUCUGAAGUUGGUUGGGGGAAACUUGGGCGAUCAUCGGUUUUUAUUCCUCGGUGCUGGAGAGGCAGGCACUGGAAUAGCAUCACUCAUAGCACUCGAAAUAUCAAAACGGACAAAUUCUCCGCUGGAUGAAGUGCGCAAGAACAUUUGGUUGGUGGACUCAAAGGGUUUGAUUGUCAGUUCUCGCAAAGAAUCACUUCAACAUUUUAAGAAGCCGUGGGCUCAUGAACAUGAGCCUGUUGAAAAACUUGUGGAUGCUGUUAAUCAAAUUAAGCCGACAGUGUUGAUUGGUACAUCAGGACAUGGGAAAACUUUUACACAAGAAGUGGUCGAAGCGAUGGCAUCCAAUAAUGAGAAACCUAUUAUUCUUGCUCUUUCCAACCCGACAUCUCAGUCAGAAUGUACUGCUGAAGAAGCUUAUAAGUGGACGCAGGGACGUGUCAUUUUCGCUAGCGGUAGCCCAUUUCCCUCAGUUGAAUAUGAUGGAAAAGUUUUUGUGCCUGGCCAGGCGAAUAACGCAUACAUUUUUCCUGGAUUUGGUCUUGGUUUAAUAAUGUCUGGUACCAUCCGAGUGCACGAUGACCUGCUUUUGGCAGCUUCUGAAGGUUUGGCUUCACAGGUAACACAGGAGCACUAUGACAAAGGACUCAUAUACCCGCCAUUCACUAACAUCAGAAAGAUUUCGGCGAACAUAGCUGCCCAAGUGGCUGCUAAGGCUUAUGAGCUUGGUUUGGCCACUCGCCUUCCUCAACCAAAAAAUUUGGUGAACUUUGCUGAGAGUUGUAUGUAUACUCCUGCUUACAGAAACUAUCGUUGA